AAUGGCACCAAUCACAGACAGCAAGAUAAUGGUUUACAUCACAUUGUCAGAUUAUGUAUUCAACACUAUGUUUUAUCAAGCGCAUAAACAUAACAUGCUGGUGUUCAACUUGACUUCAAAAAAUAUCAAGGACAAGAAAGAUAUAUUGAACACAACCUGUUCAGGUCUGUGUAUUGGGAAAUUUAUUCCACAGAUCGGAAAAGCUUUUCCAAAUAGUACAGUAGAACUACACAUGCUUAGUACUAAACCACCAGUGACAAAUAUUACAGUCGGAGCCCUUGGUGUGAGAGCUGAAGGGAACAUCACCUUGUUUGCUAGGAAAUCAGACAAAAGUCUACAUUAUUUGUUUACAAUCUAUGCUAAAGCAUCAAUAAAAGUGAAUCUUUCAAUGGCAAAUGAGAUGAUACAUGGAAAACUCUACGAUACGAAAAUUCAAACAAAAGUUACAGACUCUGCCAUUGGUACUAUAAAUGAUAGAGCAUUACAAUUCCUUGUGGACAGUGCUAUCAUAACCACCAUAGAACCAAUGGUCAACGGUCUCGGAACCAAAGGUUUCCUAUGCCAUCGACAAAGGAUUUACAAUUCCAACAGUCUAAUAUUAAACUAUUGUCGAACACGGUCCUGAUUGAAACUGAUUUGAAGUAUGCUCCUUAAUCAACUGUGCUGAAGUUUGUGCCUAUGAAUGAACGAUACCUGGCGAUUAGAAAUUGAUCAAUGAAGUUAUAGUGUGUGUGUGAAUGAGAAAUACAUAUUGUAUGUUUGGAAUGACAUUUUAAUUUGUUUGUCCCAUAAAAUACAGUACAUGGUUAAGUUAACUCUUCAAUACCAUAGGUUUUCAACAAUAUGAUAUUCACAAUGUCUAAAUAUGAAUUUUAUUAACCACUGGCAGUUUGUUUUAUGCCAUAUUUAAAUAUAGAGUUGUGUACAUCAUUCAAAAUUGGACAGUGUACCUGAAGAUUGUAAAUAAAGUUAAAUCUACAAAAUGUU